AUAUCUUGUUGCAUGCUAAGUGUUGGUUGCUUAGUGUUACUAACCUUUUGCAUUUGGCAUGGGAGUACUAGGUGAGUCCCUUCCUGCUAUGUUAUUGGAGUGUCAUGCCCCUUGCACACACUCACUCUCAUUUUGCAUUAGGUCUGUGUUUGAGGUGAACCCGACCUCUAGUCUGGAAUCCUUACGAAUUUGGCUUGGAAGAGCAAUUCUUCUCGCUUUGAGGAAUCCAGAGGGUACUGUUUUCAUUGACAGAUUGCUUGAAAUCGGGGAAUGUUCAAAACAAGCAAGGUUUGAGGAAGUGGUGGUGGAAGAGAUCACCGAUGAAGUCUGUUCUGAUGAUGAGGAAGACAGUUUUGGCUUCCACAACCUCUUUGGGCUAGUCAACAUGACAAAUCCUAAGGAAAGGUGGAGAAGGAUGCUCGCUGAAAGGGCAUUUAUGGAAAAGCACCCCAACUUCCAACUCAUUCAUCAUGCAAAAGCUCCAAUGGAUCCACAUGAGUCUGUGCUCCUUAAAACAGUGAAAGAAGAAUCAUUAUGUGACUUAUGGGGAAAUUUGACUAUAAAUGCUCUAGAUGAGGAAGGAUUGGAAUUUGAUAGGGGAAUUUCUCUAGUCAAUGGAAGCUCUCAAGCUAAUUGGGCAACGGAACUUCUCCCUGUAGCUUUCAUCUCCGAGUAAGAAGAGUCAGCCUCUAGUAGUUCUGCUUGUGACUACGUGAAGGGAGGGAUUCCACAAGCACCUUUAUAUUUUUUGAAAUUUAUGUUAUCAUACUUCUAGUAUUCCCAUGCUUUCCUUUUCAAUGAAACAUGUUGCAAUCC